GUGCUGCAUUUCUGAAGUUGCGAGGUGCAUAGGACUGUGAAGUUGUGUGACCGGUUUCCCUUCCUUGCCUGUAUUGCUAGACAGCAAGAGGGAGAGUCACUCCUUCGCCGUUCCCCAUGCCUUCUCGUCUCCUCGUCGAGCGACCAUCUCCAACAACUGUACUGUUCACUGUUUCCAAUGCUCCCUCACGAUCGUCGAUUACCUCGAAACUCCUUUUCUACCUAGAAAUCCUACUGCGGGUCAUAAUUUUUGCAGCUGUGUUGCUGGUCGAUGCUGCAAAGCUUCGCGACUACGCAUUCUGCCAGGAUGGAAUUAUACCAUGGAGCAACGUCUGGUCCAGCCCUGCGGGCCUCAUGGCAUGCCACAUCGCAGACCGUCAUCUCUGGCAGGUAAUUGCACCAAGUAGUGCGGUGCUACUGUAUCUUAUGGUUAGGAAAGGUUAUACGGAGGAAUCCCUCCUUGUGAUCCGCGGCCUCGGCGUUCAGACUUCCACCUCCUCAGCCACCUAUUUUAUGAGUGCCACAACACGAUUUAUUCCGACAACUCAAAUACAGGACAUUGUCAUUCAUGAAGCGUUCAAAGGCUUUGAAGUCCGGUUUUACUUGGCGAUUAUCGUGGAAGCCGAAGCGGAGGUAGUCGUUGUAUUCCCGAAUCUCCUGCCCCGGCGUAAUAUUUUAGAAGAGGUUUGGAAAGGGGUUCGCAAGUGCCUCUAUAAACCCGGCCCGUAACAGCAAUGACUAUAGUUCGACUCUCGAAGGCAUUGUCUUCAUGGAGAUGGGCAGGGUCGACCACGCAAGGAUCUUGAUAGAAACUGAAGCCGAUAAGAUCAACUCAAGCAGCGUCCUCAACAUCGGCUGAGUGGGUCUUAUUGGCGCCAUUUUUGGCUACCCUUUUUCCUUUCCUUGUCCAUCUUGCAUUUAUCUCUUCCACAGUAUCAUUCCUCCGUCUCUGCAUCAGCGGUUGUCUAAACCCUCCUCUGGCAAUUGAGCUGCCCUCACCUUGACUUACCACAAGGUCUAGCAAACUUGCAGCCAGGACUUCGUCAAUCUUGCGUUGUCUCCAGACAGACCAUACUUCGUCAACAGCUCCACCUUGUCCGAACUUUCCAUCGCUUCUUCCUGACCUUGCGGUGCGUGGAUCUCCUGCAUAUACCCAGUCCAGUCCGUCUCGACCUUCUUCUUCGGACUUUGGACCUGGGAAUACACAAUCCCACAAAACUAGUGGAGCGUCCGAAGCGAUUUCAUACGUUGGUCGUCGAGGGUUUUUGCUGACGUCCAACAGCUCGGAGACAAUGGACGGCGGCUCAAGUCCUUGGCCGAUAAGAAAUAGGAUACCAACCAUAUGCCGGACUUGAUGCCAUAAAAACGCGGAUCCAUGAACGCUAAAAUAGUACACUUUCAAAGCCGCAUUGUGGCUGCCACUGGCUGCACGUUCUUGUUGGCCUGGGUGUUCGAAUUGUUGGAAACCCUGCUGCGCCAAAAAGGCCGGCGGGAGCUUGCUAGCAUCUAAAACUUGGAUAUCCGCAUGGGAUAUCUUCCGCACAAAAUUCGUUAUCUGCUUACUCGCGUCCACUUUGCAAAAGUUUCUAAAAUCGUGGGAUCCGAUAAAGCGCUUUGCUCCUUCUCGCAUUGCGUCUAUAUCUAACCAGCCUUCCCUCAUUUUGGCACCCGACGUAUCACCGGGCCUCUUGAGGAAGCCGAACGGUCCUGGAGUGGGGCAGAAAGCCGGCUG